AUGGUUAAUGAUUAUAAAGUCGUCAUGGAAAAUCUUAAUCCACAAAGGCGUUUCCAGGUUCUUCCUCUCUUAUGUUGUUCUAAGCGUUAUCAGCUAAUAUGGGACAGAACCCUUGGGUUGCCACUAAAGAGAUCAAGAAGAUCCCUUGGGUUACCAGCCACUCCCAAUGCCAUCAUAGAAGAAGACCCUAUUAUGUGGAUUGGUUUGGAAAUAAAGGCACUUCUUCAAAAUGUUGGGAAAUCUUUUUGUCCAAAUUAUGUUGAUUGGUUUAGAUUUGAAGCUGCUGAUAUACCUCCAAGAAGUGCUGAUAAAUCAGUUGUUUCCAAAUUUCUACAAACAAAUCCUUCUGAUCAUACUACCUUUAAAUUAAAGGAAAUGGUCAGAUUGAUGAAAGAAAAACGUUUUCAUGCUGCUUUCAAGUGUUACUAUAAUUUCCACAAAAUUAAUUCGAUAUCUAGUGAUAAUCUUCAUUAUAAAAUGGCAAAUGAAGAUAUGGAAUACAUCACCAGGAAAGCAGAGACAACUCAGGCAGUGUACAUAAGAAGGAAAUACGGGAACAAACAGUUGUCAUCAUCAAUCUACUUGAGUGAAGCUGAGCCUUUUCUUGAACAAUAUGCCUCUAAUGAAGAAGAUGGAGCCAGAAGCAUUUCUUAUGCUGCAGUUGCUGCUCAUGCAGAUCAGACUAGCAGGAGGAAAUUAGCACCUUUCCAGGUUCCUUUGUUACUAGGCAUUGGGGAAGAAGAUACAGCCCCGACUAAGGCAACUGAAAGUGGCGAUACUGAUCUUGUUUAUAUUGUUCUCUUUCAUAUAUGGCAGAAGAGACUAGCAUUGGAAUUAUUUGGAACGAUACAAGCUAGACCUAUUGCGCACGAUCUAUUCACACGAGACUCAAGAUAUCAUAUUUUGGCAUGGCUAAAAUCUUUGGAGGAAACGCGACUCAAGAAAAAGUAA